GAAAUUUUACUCAAUUUGGAGUGGAGUAUAAAUAAAAAUGCAACUCAUCACAUAUUUAGGAUUUACAUUAGUGUCUGUAUUAAUUCAAUUUUGUGUUAUGGAUUUCAUAAAUGAAAAUAUUGAAGUAGAUAAAAUGAUAGAAAAUGUAAGCACAGCACACUCAAAACGUGAAAUGCAAGCAAUCCUGACUAAAAUAUCUGCAAAGCCACAUGGACUAUACUACCAAACAAACAAGAAUGCUGUAACCAAUGUAAAAUCUCCAUUUACAUUAUAUAAAAAUGCCUCAUUGGUAGACAUGACAACUACAGAAAUAUCUAGCACAAUACUUGACUGGGUAUAUGAUGAAAAUAUUACCACUACAGAAGAUACUCUUCAAAGUACUGAUAUGUUUACAAGCACUGAAUUUGAGAAUAUUACUGAAAUAACACUAUUUGAAAAGAAGAGUACAACUGUGAAACCAAAUAUAAUACCAAAGAAAACUAAAUCAAAUACAUGUCAUUGUGAUCUUAUGUACAAAACCUGUGAUAUUAAUUGUUGCUGUGAUAUUGAUUGCUCUGAAACAGAUAGAGUUUUAUUUGAUUGUGAAGCGAGAACUUGCCAGGAACAAGAAACUAACCAUUUAAAGUUUUGUUUAGCAGAUAAUGAAUGCAACAAUAAAAUGACAUCAAAUUUCUUAGAAAAUUUAUUUUGUAUUUCUAAAACUAACUUACCUGAUAAACGCUUAACAGACAUACAGUUUGAUGAGGCAGCAAUUAAGAGGUCUCCUAAGUGGCAAAAGCAUGACAGGCAAGAACUUUUGUAUGAAUUUAAGAGAAAUAUGUAUAGAUACAAUGAGCCUGUAUGGUUAUCAAGAAAUGGAUCCAUAUUCUAUGCAGAUAUUCCAGUUAUUGUAACAAACCAUUACUGCUCUGGAAUGAAGCCAAUCAAAUUCCUAAGAAAUGAAAAUGUUAAAUGUGUCGUAAAAUUGCAAGAUCUUCAUAUGUUUCAAGUAUUGAAAAAUGUGGAAGGAAGUAUAUUAAGUCCAAUGACAAAUUUAACUAAUUCUACUGUUAAGAAUAUAACAGUUCAUCAUACUAAUUGGACUUUAUAUAUUUGCGAUCAGUCAGAAUGCAUAGCUUACAAUAAAACUAGACAUGAACCAUAUUGUACAGACAGUUACUGCAAUAAUAUUGCAACUAAGGUUCACUAUACAUUUUAUUACUUCGAUUUUAAAAUAAUUAAAGCAGUAAUAAAACUUUAUAUACAAAAAAUAUCAAUGCAACUUCAAUUCAUUAAUCAGAAUGUGAAAGUUCAAUUUUAUCUGAGCAACAGUCCAGAAGAACAGAUUAUAAAAUUAAGUGGAAAUCCAGGUUACCUUCCAAAUUUACCAAUUAUUAUCUCGACUGCCGAGAAUAAUCACACAAUGAAUUUUUUUAAUAAAUCACAUGGUAUCAAGAAAAUUUUAAUAUAUCCAGAAAAUAUCAAUGGUCAUUGUGUAUUGACUAAUAUGUCGUAUAAAAUUGUGCAGUUUGGGCGCAAUAAGAGAAGCAAAUGUCGAUUUAAUAUAAAACAGGAUAUUAUCAAUGCAAUUAAUGCAACAAUGGCUUGCCAAAAUAUACAGAACAAUAUACUUAAUUAUCUUGGAUUGGAUUCUAUAAUUUAUGUGUCUCCAUAUGGUAAUCCUCAGAAUAUUGCAGAUGAAAAUUGGAUUCAAAUUCACAUGUUUGAUAAAGAAUAUAUAUAUGGACUCCUUGAUAAAAAGAAUUAUGCGUUACAUUGUAAGAAUAUAGUUACCAGAAUAGCUUAUAUAAUUGCUUACGCCGAUGUGAACAGCCAUGUUUCAAAAGAACAAAACAAAAUAUUACAUGUGAAGGUCGAAGGCACUACACAGAACGUAACAUUCAAUACUGCCGAUGUAUCAACAGUUCUCACCGUCGAUACCAAUUUCAUAGAUAUAAGUAAACCUGAUGUCUUUGAGUAUGCAGGCGCACCGCAAUUGAAAAUUUAUUUGCCCAAAAGUUUCUUUCUUCCUUCCAAUUCAGGAAACUUGCAAGAUAACAUGAAAUAUCUUACAUUAAUACUUUUUGUAUUAUGUCCAUGUAUCAUUUGACUUAUUUAAAGGCAAUAAAAUAAACAUUUUAUAAC